AUGGAGACCUCGUUAUUGAAGGCACUUGAAAACCUGCACUUGGCAGAUAAAUCAGCAGUUCAGAUUAGCAACCCUGAAGAGGAUUAUGUCCUGGAUCUCGCUGUGCAAAAUGGUUCUGAUGACCCCUUGCUGGCGGCUGUCUGUAGUAAUUUCACUGUCCAGCUGAUGUCCAGGAACAGGCUGACCCAUAUCUCAACAAUAUCAGGUCACGUAGAUACAAUAACUAAAGUUCACUUUGGGAAAACAGACUGCAACUUGGUCUACACGUCGUCCAAGGACAAGACUGCCAGAUGCUGGGAUAUUAGGGUCAGUAAUACAAAGGAAGUACAGCUAUUUAAAGCACCUUCAGCGGUCGAGGCAGAGUUGUUGAGUCUGGACAUCAGCCAUUCAGACCGACUUCUUUGUGCUGGCACUGAACAGGCAGGGACCGAUUCUUACUUACUGUUUUGGGACACAAGGCAGAAUUCCCUGCUGGGAUGUUACAAUGAGUGUCACCAGGACGAUGUCACACAGGUGUGCUUCCAGCCAGGCAGUGACCGUUACCUGGCGUCUGGCUCUGCUGAUGGACUUGUCUGCACAUUUGAUCUCACAGAGACAGAAGAAGAUGAUGCCUUACAAAUUACCUCUAAUGCUGGAUCAGAUGUGGCACGAGUGGGGUGGUGCGGCAGCAACAAUAACUGUGUGUAUGCUGUGACCAGCGACAAUGUCUUCCAUGUUUGGGAUGCGCUGGAGGUGA